UUUUGAAAUCGUAUCAAAACGUUUUGAAAAAUUCGGCCCGAUAUACAAAGAGCAACUACUGGGUAUGCGAUGUGUAAACAUAGCCGAUGCCAGGACGGUGGAGAAAGUCCUUCGUACCGACCAGAGAUUUCAGAUGCGACCUGGCCUUGAAGCGGUUAACGAGAUUAUAGACGAAAUUUCUGAAGACGGUGAAAGUUUUAAGAUUACGUCAAACAAUUACGACGAAUGGCAACCACAUCGGGCUCUGGUAUCUCCUCGACUUUUACGCCCGAAGGAGGUGAAGAAGCAAUUCCCUCUGCUGAACAGCGUUGCGAAUGACUUUAUGAAGCGAUUAAACCACCUCAGCGAACAUGACGAGACAGUAAGAAAUUUUGAAGAUGAAUUAACGUUUUGGUCCAUUGAAUCAACCUCCGCGUUUUUGUUUAAUCAUCGUCUUGGUUUCUACGAUCACCCUCCGGAUCCUAUAGCAGUCGAGUUUACUGAAGCAGCCAUGAAAAUGUUGAGCAGUCUGACCAAGAUUCUCCACAGUGGUCCAUUUCAUAAAUACACAAGAGCUGGUGAUACAUUUAAGACCAGUUUACUUACAAUGCACAAGACCUAUUUGGCGAUUUACGAUAGGUUUGGGACGAGCGGAGAGCAAGCCAAAACGGACAUAAGACAAAAACAAACGUUUCAUCAAUACCUUUCAUCUCAGGGGAAAACACCGCACGAGAUCGUGUGGGUGAUCAGUGGAUUAAUGGCUGGCGGGAUUGAAACUACAAGCACUACCUGUCUUUGGCUUCUCUAUCAACUGGCCCAGCAUCAGGAAAUCCAGGAAAGACUCUACCAGGAAUUAGCGUCUUCCCUUGGUCCGGACGAGGAAAUCUCAGCUGACAAGAUUCCAUUGUAUCUCAAAGCAGCUCUGAAAGAAUCGCAACGCAUAUACCCAACCGCUUCCGUGGUUCCCCGUGCGUUUGACAAAGACAUCGAGCUUCAUGGAUAUCACAUCCCAGCAGGUGUGAAUGUAUUAAUCCAGAAUCAUCUGCUAUCAGUCAAUAAGGAUUGUCAUGGUGAAGAUGCGAAGAAAUUUGAACCGGAGCGAUGGAUGCGGGACGAUGUAACGGAAAAGAAACACAAGAUAAACCCUUUCAGCUCGUUGCCAUUCGGUCAUGGCGUAAGAAUGUGUCUAGGUAAGCGGGUAGCCGAAUCCACUAUCUACACUUUGGUAAGCAAAAUAUUACUCAGCUACCGUCUGGAAUACGCUGAUGAAAAAGAGGUGAAAAGAAGUUUUAUAGGCGGAAUAAUGAGACCAGAUACACCAAUCCGGCUCAGGUUUAAACGAAGAUAGAAAACUCUGAUGACGCUUUAAACAAUAUCUAGGAUUGUCAUAUUAAUCGCAUAAUCACACACUUUUUCAAUUAUGAAAAUAUCCCUCUAUUUUGGCUUGUAACUGACGCAGUUAAGCUUCCAAGGUGUAGGUGCCUAUAGGAAAGGGAAGUGGGCCAGAUUAAAUGUAAAAGGGUUCUAACCUCCCAUUUGUAGUUCAUAUUUGUAGUCUUUCGCCAUUUUUGAUGGCAAAUUAAAGUUGAGUAAACAAACGUAGAAUGCAAGUGAGUUUGUAGAGCACUGGGGCUACCAAUUUUGCCCGUGAUCUAAGAAAAACAUUCGUAAUGGUCUGGGGGUUAAUGGUAGCCAGUUGAUUAAAGUCUUGCCGCCCAAGAUUUCGAUUUCUUUCACUGAUUACGAUUUUGUGGCACUUCACUCGAUGUAGGUAAAUUCUAAAGGUUUUAAAGGGUCUUAAUUUCGAGUGGAAUCCUCUUAAGCCAGAGGUUCAAUUCCUGCAGGAGGACCGCCAGUUGACUAAUUUUUCUCAACUGUUCCUGGCUUGAAUUGAGUUUUUUACGCUACAUCGAGUGAAGCGCCACAAAAUCGUAAUUGAUCUACCCAAAUUACGUAAGACCCUUUAAAAACCAUCAAAAGAAAGGUUCUUCAUUAUUUUGACCUGUUGCAACUGACUCCGGCACAUAACAAGUAAUCAAUGAUAUAACAGACCAUUAUAUCAUAGAUAAGAUAGCAGUUACGACGUAGCCGCAUUCACCGGGGUGCCUAUGCCAUUAUGGGAGAUUUUGUCAUCAAAACGCUAUCAAUUAUGAUGAAAACUCAACAUAUUAUGAAUUGAGGCAUUAUAUAUCUACUCCUUGGUGGUUUUAAGGGGGGAUUAUACGAGCCCGGUCCUCCAAGAUUACUUUGAAGCCUUGAAAAAUACAAGUCUUUAAUAAGAAACAAAGCAGGAAAAUGCUAUUGUUAGGACGACUACACCACUGCCAUGAUCUUCUUAUAUAUAUACUUUUAAUACCUCAAAGUCAUAUUCCAUGCUUCGUUUAAUUUUGAUCUUGACUAAUGCCUAGUAAACUGGAAGUAUAGUUCUAACCCAAUAUAUGACUUUUUUUAC